AGAAGAAAUGGCCUACAAUCUUCAAUCCCUCAUCACAAUCUUACAACAAAUCUUGAAUCCUGAACAAACACGUUGGAUUGUUGAUCACAACAAACCACAACUCCAAUCCCUCCUCACAAAAUCUGUUUCUCUGAAGCAGAUUCUUGAAAACUCUCCACUCCCCAAAGCAGAAACUAGUUUGGAGAGUGAAAUCCGUGAUGCAGCACACGAAGCAGAAGAUAUGAUAGAAUCUCACAUGGUCGAUCAAAUGCUUUCGAGGCCAGGAGAUGUGAGCUUAGCUUUCCUCACACCAGAUCUACAGCAAGUGAUGCAAAAACUUGAUUCCGUAAUGGAACAAGUGGUAGCAUCGCAGGAACUCGUCUCCGGAGUUGAACAAGUGCUGCAGCUCCUGCCUGACGACACUUCAUCGAGCAAGAGCAUUGUGGUGGGAAUUGAUGAAGAUUUGAUGCUGCUGAAGGAUCGGCUGACUGGAACGCAAAGCAAGCUGGAGAUCGUGCCCAUUGUUGGAAUGGGUGGCAUCGGUAAAACCACUCUAGCUCGACAACUUUAUCAAGAUCCACUCAUUGUUGAGCACUUUAGCUCUCUUGCUUGGGUCACAAUCUCACAAGAUUACGAUAUGCGAGCAAUUCUAUUAGGCCUUCUUCGUUGCAUAAUUGGAAAAGAAGUUGAUCAACAUAUUGAAAACAAAAAUAGUGCAUUGAAAGAUAUUUUGUAUCAGAGCUUGUUUGGUAGAAAAUACUUUAUUGUAUUAGAUGAUAUAUGGAGCAACAUAUUCUGGGAUGAGAUAAGGAGGUACUUCCCAGACAACAAUAAUGGGAGCCGAAUUGUGAUAACCACUAGGGAAUCUGUUGUGGCGAAACACGCAAGCUCACAGAGUAAACAACACGAGAUGCAAUUGCUAAAUGAGCCAGAAAGUUGGAAUCUACUUCGUCAAGAGGUGUUUGAAGAAGAGGAGGAUUGCCCUGCUGCAUUGGAAAGGUUUGGAAGGAACAUUGCAACCAAUUGUGGAGGGCUUCCUCUUGCCAUCCAUGUUGUUGGAGGGCUCUUGUCCAAGGCGAACAGGACAGAAGCUUUCUGGGAGAACGUUGCGAAUGAUGUGAGUGCUGCAGUAGCUCAAUCCGGCGAGCAGUUCUCUAAUAUACUGUCGUUGAGUUAUAACCACUUGCCGAGUCACUUGAGGCCAUGUUUUCUCUAUAUGGGAGCUUUUCCAGAAGAUUAUGAGAUUAAGCCCUCGAGACUUAUAAGGCUGUGGGUAGCUGAGGGAUUUCUGAGAGCAAAGGGAGAUAAAAGCUUGGAAGAGGAGGCUGAAGAUUGUUUGAAUGCUCUUGUUGCCAGAAAUCUUGUUUCUGUUAGAGCAGUCAAGUCUAGUGGGAGGCCUAAAAGAUACGGCAUUCAUGAUCUGAUGAGGGAUUUAUGCUUGAAGAAAGCAGAAGACGAGAGAUUUAUCCAUGUUAAGAACAGGCAAGUUGGAAAGGUACUCAUUAAAGAUUCAGUGUUCAGCCUACGCCGUGUGAGUGUGCAUCCGUCUUAUCGCAUCAGAGAUGUGUAUGCUUCGACAGAGUUGAUGUCGUUUGCUCGUUCUUUUCUUUGCACCGGUCUUGCAUCACGUGAGGUUCUAUCUUCUGUGUUUUUUGGCCUAAGAUUGCUGAGGGUGUUGGACAUACUCGAGAUCAAGUUCCCACAGCUUCCAACAGAAAUACUGCACAUUUCAAACUUACACUACUUAGCAUUCUCCACAGAUUCCGAAAAACUGCCUUCUUAUAUCUCAAGAUUAUGGAAUCUGCAAACCUUGGUGAUUUGUUCAACUUCGGGUUACAUUACUCUGCCAGAUGAGAUAUGGCAGAUGACAGAGUUAAGACAUGUGGAGGUUGGUCGUGCAUAUUUCUUAGGUAGUGAUUGGAGAGGCUUCAUUCUAGAAAAGCUACAAAGCGUCUCUACUAUUAACAGUCUAAGCGUCAGUUUCCUUGGCAUAAUCCCCAACAUAAAAUACUUGGGAAUUGGUAGUAUGCAUGAAUGUGACCUUUCCCAUCUGCACAAACUCGAAACAUUGAAAAUGUCCGGCUAUUCCAUCUAUGGAAAGUUAACUCCCGUUUCCCCAUCGGAAUUCAGAUUACCUCCUUCCAUCAGAAACUUGUCUCUUUCAAAUUGUGAAAUAGUUGUCGAAUUCAUGGAAUACCUUUAUGAGGAGUUACCAAAUCUUGAAGUUCUUAAACUUCGAGAUUGCGAGUUCAAAGGUGUGUGGGAUGCAGAGCAGCAAGAGUUCAGCAAGCUGCAGUUCUUGCUACUUGAAGAUGUGCAGCUGGUGCAAUGGCAAGCUGAUGAGAGCAGCUUCCCAAGACUCCGUCACCUUGUUAUCCGGCGCUGCUCUGCUCUAGAGGAGAUCCCCUCAGGUAUUGGAGACAUUCCGACACUCCAAACAAUCGAGUUGGAUGAAUGCAGCCCUUCCGUUGUGGCUUCAGCUAAACAGAUCAUCGAGGAGCAACGUGAGAAUGGUAACAAUGACAUUCAACUUCGUAUGUGAGGCCGAAUUGCAUGUGCUCUCAGGAAAUCCUGAAACCUGAUCAAAAGCGAUGGGAUUUUGAUGACGUUCAACCACAACUAAAAUCCCUCCUAGAAAUAUCAGCAUCUUUGAAGCAGAUUCUUGAAAAAUCUGUUGUGGCAAGUGGCCCCAAAAUGGAAAGAUUAGAGAGUCAAAUCCAAGAUGCAGCACAUGAAGCAGAGGACAUCAUCGAAUCCCACAUGGUCAAUCAGGUGAUACCUGAAAGCUCGAGCUUCACAAUUUACCCACCAGAUUUGGAGCAAGUGAUCCAACAGCUUCAUUCUGUGAUGUCAUUUGUGAAUGGGAUACAAAUAUCAAGAACUAGUUCAUCUGUUGCUGCUGCUGCUGUUGCUUCUUCGUUCUCGCCUGCCAAGAACACUGUGGUGGGACUUGAUCAAGAUUUGAUGGAGUUGAUGGAUCGGCUGAGAGGGCAGGAGAGCAGGCUGGAGAUCAUCCCCAUCCUCGGAAUGGGUGGGAUAGGUAAAACCACUCUUGCUCGAACGCUCUAUAAUGACCAAUCCAUUGCUUCUCACUUUGAUAUUUGUGCUUGGACCACAAUUUCACAAGAAUACAAUGUGCGAGCAAUGCUAUUAGGCCUUUUAAGCUGCAUAAAUAAAGAGCUCAUUACUCCUGAUCUCCUCAAAGAGGAAGAUAACGUGUUGAAAGAUGUUAUAUAUAAGAACUUGUAUGCUAGAAGAUACCUGAUUGUGUUAGAUGACAUGUGGAGUGCCGACUCUUGGAACUCUGUGCGAAGGUGCUUUCCCGACAAUGAUAAUCACAGUCGAAUCAUGCUCACAAGUAGAGAUUCAAAUGUGGGUAAAGAUGUCGUAGGCUCGGGGAGUUACCAGCAUGAGAUGAAUCUGUUAACCGAGUCCCAGAGCUGGAUUCUACUUUCCCAGAAGGUGUUUGGGAAAGGCGAGUGCCCUGCUGAAUUACAGGGCAUUGGAAGAAACAUCGCGAGUGAUUGUGGUGGGCUUCCUCUGGCAAUCCAAGUGAUCGGAGGACUCCUGUCCGAGGCCGGGAGAUCAAAAGACUCAUGGGAGCACGUUGGUAACGACGUGAGAUCAGCUAUAGCUGAGAAAGACGAGCAGUUCUCCAACAUACUGUCGUUGAGUUACAAUUACUUGCCUUGCCACUUGAAACCAUGCUUUCUAUUCAUGGGAGCUUUUCCAGAGGAUUAUGAGGUGUGGGGGUCUAGGUUGAUGAGUUUGUGGGCAGCUGAGGGAUUUGCAGAAGCUGAUGAAGCAGAGGGCUACUUGACUUCUCUGGUGGAGAGGAAUCUGCUCAUGGUUACACAAAAAGGUCCCAAUGGAAAACCAAAGAGCUACGGCAUCCAUGAUCUGUUGAGGGAUGUAUGCAUAAGGAAAGCUGAAGAGGAGAAGUUUCUUCACGUCACGCCUCCUAGUGUCCCAAAGGCCACAUUCUACAGCCCGCGUCGUCAAAGACUUGACUACUCUUCUCGAUUUCACCGUGUUGAUGCUUUAGCCUUCUCGUCCACCCGCUCUUUCAUGUGCCGUGAUGGUGAUACGUUACGGCAUCUGAGUGGCUCUUUCUUCGACGUGUCGAGAUUGGUUAGAGUGUUGGACGUGUUGGAGGACGACUCACAUGACUUGGAGUUCCCAAUGAAGAUAUUACAACUCGUCAACCUACGCUACUUAGCCUUCUCCUGUGGUCCGCAGCUGCCUUAUGAGAUAUCAAGAUUCCGGAAUCUGCAAACAUUGAUUGUUUUCAGCGGCAUGGACGCCGUCGUUCAUGUCCCAUCGGAGAUAUGGGAGAUGCCUGAGCUGAGAUGCCUCAAGUUGAAGGGAUCAACCAUGCACUAUGCUGGCUAUGGGAGAAGGUUCAUUCAAGAGAAGAUGCAAACCAUCUCUACUAUACAAUUACACAGACUAAUCGAUAUCGAUUUCUUCAGCAGCUUUCCCAAUAUAGAAAGCUUGGGACUUGAUACUGUCGGCUAUGAAUCUGGAUCGGCUGUAGACCUUCUCCAUCUGCAGAAACUUGAAAGGCUAAGAUGCUCAUCUUACUUGCCCUCAACCGGCGAUUUUUUGGGUAAUCUAUUGUUGCCUCCGUCUCUGAGGAAACUGACUCUCAUUGAAUGUGCAAUACCUGGGGAGUUCAUGAAGACUCUCUCUCAACUGCCGCAUCUUCAACGACUCCAAAUACGUGAAUGUGACUUCACGAGUGCAGAGUGGGAGGCGACGGAAGAGGAUGAAUUCAGUUCACUGCAGUUUCUAAGUCUCGAAGCUCAGAUUCUGGUGCGCUGGAGAGCUGAUGAGAGCAAUUUCCCUAGACUCCGACGUCUUCUUUUAACAGAUUGUUGGUCGCUAGAGGAAAUCCCUUGCGGCAUUGGAGAAAUCCCCACGCUUCAACUGAUCGAGUUGUAUGGUUGCAGUGCUACUGCAAUGGCCUCGGCGAGAGAAAUUCGAGAGGUGCAGCAAUCUGAGUACGACAACUACGACCUCCAACUUCGUAUAUAUGUCAGAAGUUCCAAAUUUGAAUGGGAACUACAAGACCCUUGAACUUAAUUUGUAUCCCAUCUUUUCUUCUCCGUCAUGUUUUUUUUGACUUUGAUUUGGAACAAGUUUUACUUUGUUGAUCUUGAAUUGAUUAUCUAUCAAUGACAUCACAUAUUGUACGUAGCUGUUA